UCCGCUGCUGAUACUGCCCCACCUUGUGGGCUUAGGUUUCUUGGGGGACACUGCGGGUGGGAGGCUUGUGGAGUCGCGCCGGUGGGGAGAGGCAGAGGCAGGAUAUAGGCUAGCGGCGUGUGAAGAUGUCUGGAGUACCCAGGGCUGUGGGCAGAUUAGGCAUGCGGCCUGGCUAGUCGGCGUCGGCUGAGCACUGCCCACGCCGCUGCGUGUCCUCAACCGGCACCUGUAUUCCAGCUCCUUUGCGCACCUGAGGCCCUGCCACCCAUUUAGCCAUGUUCCUGGCACGCCUGACUUCACAGCUGGUUAGGGCUGGUCCCUGGGCAGGCUUCAGUCGUCCCUGGCCUGGCUCCGGGGUGACCCGCAGCUAUGCUUUUCGACCCCCUUACAGCUUGCAGCCUGCAAGCCCAAGUCGGGCUGCGUCCCUCCCUGGCAAGGGGGCCCAGCUGGAGCUGGAAGAGUUCCUGGUCCCCAGGAGGAUGGCCAUCACACCCCUAGAGGGCUGGCUGACUGCCCGAUACCUAUUGCCCAGAGUGGAUGCUGGGGCCCCAGUGACUGUGGCUCCCACCCAAUUCUAUGAGUGUCCACCUAGCCAGGUGGAGGAGGGAGCCAAGGAGGUCUGGGUUGCCACUCCGAUACAGUGCAAAAAUGUGCUGAAGAUCCGCCGGCGGAAGAUGAACCACCACAAGUACCGAAAGCUGAUCAAGAGAACACGGUUUCUGAGGCGGAAGGUUCGGGAAGGACGCCUGAAGCGGAAGCAGGUCAAGUUUGAGAGAGACCUGAAGCGCAUCUGGCUGAAGGCAGGCCUGAAGGAAGCCCCUGAGGGUUGGCAGACCCCAAAGAUCUACCUGAAGAGCAAAUGAGCCUAGGGUCCCAUCUCUGGCCCUGUUGCUACUACUGACCCACUAUAAUAAACGUUGGGAGGACUCACUCGACCCAGGCUGGCCUCGAUCUGCCUGGUGGGGACUCUCUUGAGGUGGAAACCAGCCUUUAUCAUAGGAGCCUAGGGUGGCUGAUGGCUGCGGGGUCCCAGCAGCCUGUGUCCCUACAAACUGACUGUGCUAUGCGUUCUGGAAUGACAGCCUAUUUGAGUGAUGUGUGCUGUGGGAUCACUGUGAACACUCCCAGGGAUGCAAGUCUCAGUGUGUACACUGGUGGUAGACUGACCUGGGGUGGCACUGGGUUGGAGAAAAUGGUGAAUAGAUUCUAUUUUCUGAGGUGAGGGGUAGGGUCUGGGUGGGCUCAGCAGGGAAACAAAAGGAAAACCCUGGUUUCUCUGAAGAUGGUACAUAGUCUGCAGUCUCAGCCCUCUGAGCUGCCCUGCUUGACUGGAAUAAUCACAUUUGGGGACAGGGUUGGUGUAUUGGCAUGCUGUCAGGCUUCCCAACCUCCUGUUGCCUCUCGGCUUCUGCCAUGUCCCCGUUUUAUUUUGAGAGGUUCAUGAUUGAGGGCAUGCUGAGGAAGCUUGAGGAUUCCAAGUAUUCCCUGGGUCAAGAGGAAUACACACUUUGAAUAGUUGGAGAGACCCUGACUUGUGUACCAAGAGAUGAAGAAACUGAACUCCAAGCAGAGGAACCUUGUCAGUGCAUCUGUUAUGCCAUAUGGGCCCUUCUUAUAUACUUUAUUCUCUGAUCCCUGACAUCUGAGUUAACAAAAUAGGAACUGUUCACCUCUUUCUUGGGCCUGGGGCUAUAGCCUCCUGUAUCUUCUUCCCACCCCAUAAAGGCCAGGCCACUGCUUACCAAGA